ACCCGCUGCAUACCAUGAGCUCUCAUCUCCCUGAGUGGACGCAUAGCGAUACAGAUGGUGUCACCACGGUAUCCCGCUUUGUGCUGACCGAAACUGCUGUUGUUUAAGAAAAAAUUUCCCUCUUACCGGUGUCAUUUUUGUUUUUUUGGAUGCACCAUGCAGUCUCGCUGGUGGAGUUGUGGCAUUCGGUUGGUGGCAUGGACAUGGAUUUGGAGUCGGGCAUUGCUCGGAGCGUGGUGCAUUCCCGCAAAUGAAGUGAACCUGCUGGAUUCUCGUUCUGUGAUGGGAGACUUAGGAUGGGUGGCCUAUCCCAAGAAUGGGUGGGAGGAGAUUGGGGAGGUGGAUGAGGACUACGCCCCCAUCCACACCUACCAGGUAUGCAGAGUGAUGGAGCAGAACCAGAACAACUGGCUCCACACCAACUGGAUCCUGACUGAGGGUGCCCAGCGUGUCUUCAUCGAACUCAAGUUCACCCUGAGAGACUGUAACAGCCUGCCAGGAGGAGUCGGGACCUGCAAGGAGACGUUUAACAUGUAUUACUAUGAAACGGAUGGAGACGAGGACGAAAUGGACAACGGGGAUAUGAGAGACAGAGCAGGGAUCACCGAGGAGGAAGACAGGGCUAUGAAAGAGAGCAGGUACAUCAAAAUCGACACCAUUGCAGCUGAUGAGAGCUUCACCGAGCUGGACCUGGGGGACCGCGUCAUGAAGCUCAACACCGAAGUCAGAGAUUUAGGACCUUUAACCCGGAAAGGCUUCUACCUGGCGUUUCAGGAUUUGGGAGCCUGUAUUGCUUUAGUGUCCGUGCGGGUUUUCUACAAACGCUGCCCAUUUCUGGUGAAAAGUCUGGCCGAAUUCCCCGACACAAUCCCAGGUUCGGAAGCCUCACAGCUCGUGGAGGUAGUCGGCCACUGUGUCAAUAACUCCCUGCCUUUGUAUGAGCCUCCCAGAAUGCACUGCAGCACAGAAGGAGAAUGGCUGGUGCCUAUCGGGAAGUGUGUAUGCAAGUCAGGAUUCGAGGAACUCAACGGAUCCUGUCAAGUUUGCAAAGCGGGAUUUUACCGUUCGUUGCUUGAAGCAUUGGCGUGCAGUAAGUGUCCACCGCACAGCUUGGCCAGGCAGACUGGAUCCAUCACAUGCAGCUGUGAGGAUGGCUACUACAAGAUUGAUUCCGAUCCUCCCAAUAUGGCCUGCACACGCCCUCCCUCAGCUCCCCGCAACGCCAUCUCUAAUGUCAAUGAGACCAGCGUCUUCCUGGAGUGGUCCAUUCCUAUGGAGACAGGUGGCAGGAAGGAUGUGCGCUACAACAUCUUGUGCAGACGGGUCCUGCCAGACGGAAGAGGCUUGGAAGAGUGUGGCCCCAACGUUCGCUUUCUGCCACGUCGCGUCGGCCUGUCAAAUACCUCAGUGAUGGUGGCCGACCUGCAGUCACACACCAACUACAGCUUCCUGCUGGAGGCUGUCAACGGUGUGUCAGAGCUGGCCAAAGACCAUGCCAAGCAGUAUGUGACACUUAAUGUGACAACCAAUCAGGCAGCUCCAUCUCCAGUGAGUGUGGUGAGGAAAGGUCAUGCUGGGAAGAGCAGUAUUGCUCUUUCCUGGGCAGAGCCUGAUCGCCCCAACGGCAUCAUCCUGGAAUAUGAGAUUAAGUACUUUGAAAAGGAACAGGACUCCAGUUACACCAUAAUAAAAUCCAAGGAGACUGAGAUGGUUGUGGAAGGCCUGAAGCCCUCUUCAGCCUACAUUUUCCAGGUGCGAGCCAGGACCUCAGCAGGAUAUGGCGCGUUUAGCCGACGCUUUGAGUUCCAGACCAGCCCCUACUUAAGUGCCACCAGUGAGCGUGCUCAGGCCUCCAUAGUUGCGGUGGCUGUUACAUUGGCUCUGGUCCUCCUGGCAGUAGUGGCUGGAUUCCUGCUCAGUGGACGGCGAUGUGGAUACAGCAAAGCAAAGCAGGAUCCUGAAGAAGAGAAGAUGCACUUCCACAACGGUCACAUAAAAUUCCCUGGGGUGCGGACCUACAUUGACCCUCUCACCUAUGAAGAUCCCAACCAGGCUGUGCAUGAAUUUGCCCAGGAGAUCGAUGUGUCGUUUAUCUCCAUAGAAAGAAUCAUCGGUGCAGGAGAGUUCGGCGAGGUGUGCAGUGGUCCACUGAGGCUCCCUGGGAAAAGAGAGAUCCAGGUUGCCAUUAAGACCUUGAAAGCAGGCUACACAGAGCAACAGAGGCGUGACUUCCUGUGGGAGGCGUCCAUCAUGGGCCAGUUUAACCAUCCGAACAUCAUCCGUCUGGAGGGCGUGGUCACCAAAAGUAAACCAGUGAUGAUCAUUACUGAAUACAUGGAGAAUGGAUCACUGGACACCUUCCUUAAGAAAAAUGAUGGUCAGUUUACUGUAAUCCAGCUGGUUGGUAUGCUGCGUGGCAUCGCAUCUGGGAUGAGGUACCUCUCUGACAUGGGCUACGUCCACCGUGAUCUAGCGGCUCGUAACAUCCUAGUCAACAGUAACCUCGUAUGUAAAGUGUCUGAUUUCGGCCUGUCCCGAGUAUUGGAGGACGAUCCAGAAGCUGCAUACACCACACGGGGUGGAAAGAUUCCUAUUCGCUGGACGGCUCCGGAGGCGAUUGCAUACCGGAAAUUCACCUCAGCAAGUGACGUGUGGAGCUAUGGGAUUGUAAUGUGGGAAGUGAUGUCUUACGGAGAGAGGCCCUACUGGGAGAUGUCCAAUCAAGAUGUGAUAAAGGCUAUAGAGGAGAGCUAUAGGUUGCCAGGUCCUAUGGACUGCCCGGAGGCUCUUUACCACCUAAUGAUGGACUGUUGGCAACGAGAACGCAGCAACCGGCCUAAGUUUGAUGAGAUUGUCUGCCUACUAGACAAACUCAUCCGCAACCCCAGCUCAUUAAAAAAACUGGUCAACUCCUCACACAGGGUUUCCAACCUCUUAGUUGAACACGCCAGUGUAGAGGGAGACUGUUCGACUCGGAACCAGACUGUUGGGGAAUGGUUGGACUCCAUCAAGAUGGGCCGUUACACUGAACUCUUUAUGGAAGGAGGUUAUUCUUCACUGGAGACGGUGGCUCAGAUGACAUCAGAGGAUUUGCGAAGAGUAGGAGUGAACCUUGCUGGGCAUCAGAAAAAAAUCAUCACUAGCAUCCAGGAGAUGAGAGUCCAUAUGAACAACACCAACUCUACUAUAAACAUUUGAUGCAUAUGUACAGGCACGCAUGCACAUACACACAUGCACACACAGAAACACAUGAUGUAUGGACCUACACGACAAAAGGAAUUUGCUGUUGGACCUAGAGCGGCUUAGCACUUUCUACGGACAAGGAAACCCAGUGUUAACGGAUAAAAAGUGGAGGUUUUCCUUGGUGGCACUGGUGGAUAAAGAUAAGUUGUGGUGUUGUUUGGUAGAUUUGACAUAUUUGCAGCGCUUAAACCAAACUGAAGUAAGUGGUGCUACAUGAAGAAGAGUUGAUGGUGACCUAAACUGAACUGAACUGUGUUGAAAAAUUAAGUGAAGACUUUUCAUUCUUACUAUUCCAUUUGUGUGAAUCUUGGAGAUUUCUUACAUCUCUGUGCACUGUUUAGAUUCUCUCAGAUCAAACCUGAAGCACUGACUUUAGAUCAAUGUCUGAGAGCGACCAGCACUUUUUUGGCUGUAACAUAGAUUUGGGAGUUUCACGUAGCAGGCUCAAACGAACUUCUAUAGCCUGUCUCAGGUGAUCAGAGCCUCCAGAAAGAACACUAGAUCUCAUAAUGACCCAAGAGGAAUAGCAUUAAUUUCAGUCUUUCUUUGUUGAGGUGGUUUUGAUUGGGUUUUGUUUUCCUAUCUAAGCCAAGUCAACAUGUUGUAAGACAGCAGAGGUAAACCAACUCUGCAGCUCAAGGAAGCUCGAGGCUUGUAUCCAGCAUCAUAUGAUUCAUUACUCCACAGUGCAAGACAGCAGAAUAUAAUGCAGCUUUCACUGUUUAACAAGGCUUAAGUAAAACAAAGAAUGCAAACUUUUAGAUCAGACUGUGUCCGGUAAGAUUUUGGUCUUACAGUACAAAUGUAAGUAAGAAACCCUGUAGACAUUCAGAUAGUCUUUCUCUUCUUCUGGCUGAAUGUUGAGCAGAAUCUUAAACAGAGUCCUUGGUUGCAGCAAAAACCUAUGAUUUGGCUUGUUAACGUAGCCAAACAGGUAAAGAAUGUGGCAUCGAACCACUCUGGUCUUUAAUCUGCAGAUGUUACAUGAAGCUGAAGAUUGUAUUAAAAGAUUUGCCUGGCUUUCUGAUGUCUUCGAUCCAAACAUCUCCAGUCUCCAUAUAUGUUCCUAUGGACCUCAUCAUAGGUCUUCAGUCAUCAUUCGGGAUUACAGUCAGUUCAUUCAUCAAGACAGGCUACUGAUGUCCAACUGGAAUCUUAACCAAGAUCAACUGGAAAAUUUACCCACACUCUGGUGAACAAUACACAAUCAAUACAACAACCUAACAAGUUGUAAUGGAAUGGUCUGACUAUGUUAAUUUAUUUUUGUCCUGAUGGAGAUUUCAAACAGUCGAUGGAUGGAACAGUUGCUCACGUUAUCAUGGGACUGCCAAUCAUUCUCAUGGAGGGAAUGACUGUAUUCUAGCGGAACUGUUUACUAUCACUCUAAUGGAACCCUUCCUAAGAUUCUGACGGGAUCUCCACUAGGGUUCCAAUGCAGCCUUCAUUCAAGAGUGCACUAAGAUUUUCAUGGAGCCUUCACUUACAACCAACAACCUUCAGGUACUGCAGAAAGCCCUCUGCAACGUGUUCAGUUCACCAUGCUGCAGAGGAUCUCCACCACAUGUCUGCCACACCACAAAAACCUCACUCUCCCAGGACUGCUGGAAAUAAGGAGGCAAUAUUGAUCAACUUGAUAAUCAUUUAUUUAUUUAUACUUGUUUAAAAAAAAAAAAAAAAAGAGAAAAUCUUAUGUAGACAGUUUGUGUUUAAUCAUAAUAAUCUCUCUUGGACUACUGAGCAGCUCUGCCUACAUGUCUUUCAUGUAUAUAAUGUAUUAUAUAUUUAAAGCAGGGAGCAUUGUUCUUCUGUCUACUAUCAUGCAGACAAGUUGGUAUUGAUCAAGCAUCUCAGAGUAGUACACAUUAGUAAAUAGUGACAAAUAUUCUAACUUAGCAUACCUGGGCUAAUGUGAUAUCAGGGCAACCAGCACAUCUGUCCCUGUGUGAAGCUGUGUUUCCACCCAAAGAACCAGAAAUCCAGUCCCAGGAACUAAGGGGUUACUUCAGACCACUGAUAGUUUGUGCACUAAAGAGGAUCUAACACCUGCAAACAUUAAACUAACUACUUUUCCAACAUGUUGAAAAGUGACUUGCGCAUUGCCGGUUCAUCCAGCACAUACAUACUUUUAGAACUGUAUGGUAAUUUGUUUAGCAAUGUCCAAAAACUUCACAUGUGGCUACUGACCAAUCGGUAGCCUUGUCUCCUUCACCCCUAAACAGGGACGUUUUUGGAAGAUCAAUGACAGGCUCUAUCCUGAUAAGUAAACCACAGAUUUGUAUAAAAAUAACUAUAUACUUACCUGGAAAACUUUUUAAAAAUACAUUUUGUUUCGAAAAUUGUAGACUAGAGUGGUGAGUUUCUUCUCCCACCAUUGCUACGUCACUCAUAGCUGCAGUUGGAGAUGAUGUCACACUAUGUUUACAUUGCAUCGUAAUGACGACCGGCCACACUGAGCGGGUACUAAAUCUGCAGUGAAAAUGCAGUUUGCUGGUACUAAAACAAGCCAAGUCGAGGCAAGUUGACCUCACACAUCAGUGGAAAAGAACAAUUAGAUACUGGUUCCUUCCAAAGGUUCAUGCGGUGGAAAUGCAGCUUAAGUCGGCCUAAAAGGGUAUGCAGAAAGAGUCAGAUAUUCAUGUAAUGUCAAUGGUGAUACUGUUAAUUUUCAGAUUUUGGUGCGAGACAAAUAAUUUAAGAGACAGUAAAACUUCUUUGUUACUGUGUUGUCUCGAAAAGCCAGAGAAGUGUGCACAGGGGUUGAUAUAUUAUGAACUUAUGAUGUGUGAUAUGGUGUAAGGUAUACAAUGAUGUCAAUGAACAAGCCCUGCUUUACAUCUUAUUAGUACAGUUUGUUAUACAUUGCUACUCAGUGCUUUAUGGCUAAAAACCUGACCAUUUUCACCACUGUCUUCACCUAAGUAGGAAUUGAGUUCUGACAGUAGAUACAGUAUAAUAUAUAUCUUCUUUGCAGAUGAUAUGCUAAUAUUUUUCUCAGUUAUACACAGUAUACUCCUAGUGCUCUGGCUAAAGAGUGAAAAGAAAUGAGAUUGUAAAGCUAGUUUUUUAAGAGGUGGAAUAGAGGGGACACUCACAUGACUGUAUGAAAGCAUAGAAAAGCACACAAAAGGAAUGUAAGGUUUCAAAAGGGGUAUUGUGUUUUUUGGGGAACAUGUACUUUUAAACACCCAGACCUUCAGAUACGGCAUUCAUUGUUCCCACAUUGUUCAUUAUUUAUGACUGGUAUCAGUAACAGCGUGUAAAUUCCAAAUGGUCACAAGUGAUAUUGUUUGUGGGUCUGUGUUUUUAAAAGUUGAGAUGUUAGUAAAGUAAAUGAAAGCAAAAAGUUUACUGGAAGGAAAAAAAGUCUGCAUUGUCAUUUUAGUCUACAUUUAUCACUUUAGAUGUUUCGGUUCAGGACAUAUAAUAAUAUACUAGCAUAGUAGCCAUAGUAAAACACAAUAAAUGUAAUUUUGUACACAUUUUAUUUUAGCAAAUCUUUUUCAAAACUUGCAAAACUUAAAAAGCCUCUUCAGAACCAAGAAAAGUUUGUAGACUGUUAUGACUAUGCAGAUGAGCAGAGAAAUGCAUGCAUAAUAUGGGGCACCCUUUAUACCAGACAGUAAAGCAUGUGCAGUCAAGUAAUUCAGUAUUUUCAACAAAAAUUUCCUCAAUUCAUCAUAGCUGUUUGGUGAAGGUUUAAGGUAUUUUGAUCCUACCCAAAUUUCAUGUUAUUGGCUUUUAACAACCACCCAUUCUCAACUUAAUUUUCAACGUAUGACCUAUGCCUGGGGCAUGUACGAUUGGUGAGUAGUACACCCUUAUAAGUGCCUCUCAUCUUUUGAGCACCAUUAUUUCCUUCCCUGCCAAAAUGCUAUGUCCCAAUUGUGCCCCAACUUUCUAUGUAUAAUUUUUUGCCAAUAAUAUCUACAGGCAAUAACAAGAAUGUCAGACAAUGUGUAUGUUGGAACUACUUUGAUUUGCACUUUAAGAGAAAUCUGUUGCUCUUUUCUUUGACUAAAAUGUCUCUAGGUGACUGGCUUACAUGUGUAAAGGUUUUUCUGAAAUAUUUACUAUAUAAUUACUGUGUUCUCUGAUGCGGAUUUUAUCACUUCAGAUUGUUCAUGCUUCCCUUGGUGUACAAUUGACAGUUAAGCACAAAGCAUUGAUAAUAUUUUCAAUAACAAAUCAAACCUAUAUAUGACAAAUUAAAGUCAUUAAUGUAGAGCACCAUUUUCUUCUGUAUGGCACAAAGAUACACCUUCAGAACAUAAGCACAGGAGUUGGCAGAAGUCGUUUGGGACUGUUAAAGGACAUGAUUUUGUAUAACCAGUCAACUGGACGAGCCCUGGACAUCAUCAAACUUCAUCUGGACAUUUCAUCUAAGAGUGUUUGUGACAUGUCAGCACUGACACCGCUAAGUACAGAAAUGUGAAGACUUAUUGUCAUGACAAAACAACAAAUACACAGUUCCUAUGGCAGGCGUUGCUGCACAGAAUAACUUCAUUUAUUCAAAUAAUUUUCUAUCAGCACUUUUGCAGUGGCAUGAUUUUAUCCCUGUUGCCUGUUAUUAUGAAAGUCUCAUUCAACAGGAAGAAACAAAGCACAGCAAACCAGCAAAGACAUGUAGACAUUUCUGAAGUGUUGUUACUCUACAAUGACUGUCGCCAUGACUAAGCAGGAACUCCUUCAACCAUGCAGUGAAGUGUUUAUGCUGGAGCCAAUUUUAUUCCAUUCAAUUAAAUUACACAGCUCACUCGCUGUUCAUUUGAAAUAGGCUUUCUGAAGAGGAUUAUCAAAUUUGUUUCUUCCAAAAAAAGAAAAGAAAUUUGCAUUGGCCCCAUCAGUGUUUGGUAGAAUUGGCUUUCAAGAAAUGUUCUGCAUAAACAGUUUAAUAGCAGGUUUGACUGAAUUCUACCAAGUGUACAAAAGCAAUACCUGAUGUUAUUAGCAAAAAAUCAUUUGCAUACACAAAUGCAUGAAGAUAUGACAACCAUUCAAUGUUGUACUUCUUACAAAAUGGUUUUUCGACACUCCGCGGUGGUGUCUUUGAAAACUGCAAAUAUAAAUCAGUGAAGUGGACAGGGUCAAAUGGGACACAGUGGACUGGCCUUUUGGCUCUUUUGGUAUUAAAUUAACACUUACAUGGACCAUUUUUUCUGAUCAUGGACUCAAUUAGUGAGAAAUUGCAUAAAAUGUCUGAUUGAUUGAAAGUCAAGGGCAGAAAAGUGUGUUCAUGAUACAUUUUAUGUACCAUUCCAAAUGGGAAGAGGACCUUAAGCCUGUGUACAAUUGAUCAUUUAAUUUCAUUUGACAACUUUAAUUGGCCAUGGAUAAUCCAACAUCAAAAUUACGUUUUUAGUUAACAUAGUAGCAUUGUUACAGUACUAGAACACUUAAAGUUAGAUGACUACAAACUCAAAGUCAAUGUGUCUCCCUAACCAAUGACCCCGUCCACCUCAGGACUGAAACAACUUCUCAGGAAGUGGAAAAGGCAAUUGGGUAAUGAGAGGUAUUAUCUUCCGGGGAAAACAAUGCAGCUUUCACUCAGAGUAUUUACAUAUAAAGGAAGUUAUACGGUUAUUACAUUGUAGGCUUAUCCCAGUUCAAAGACAAUACUCAUGGGUUAAUCGCACAUAAGGUUUUAAAUUGAAUAACUGUUUUGUGAUUCAUUAAAAGCACAGUAAAAAUACUUAGCUAUUGAUGUGCUAUUGAUUUGUCUUUGAGACUGUCAUGUAUUAUGUUUGUGUUGAUGUUUUUGUAGUGUGUUAAUCAAAUUCUAUAUUUUUGCAAUAAAAUUCCAAAAACUUUG